GUGACGGGUCGUGGUCUCCGGCCACCUCAUACAUUUCGGACGCUUUUGUCGCUUCCUAGGACAUUUGCUCGCGUUGUUCGGCUUUUCGGGAGUGCGGAUAUUGUGUGCGAUGUUUGUGCUGUGGCCUUUUUGCCUGUGCGAGGCGUGUGGGACUUCGUUUUCUCUUGGCGGCAGAUUUUCGGCGCGAAGCAGGUUAGCUGCCAUUGUAAGGUAGGACUUGACGUUUUGAAGUGUUUGUAUUUUCGGUUUGUUCGUAGUGUUGCGUUUAUCUAAAUUUUGGACAAAAUUGUAUUUCGUUCUGGGGAAUUCUUCCUGGAUUAGUGUAUUUGCAUUUUUAAGGUUUUUCGUUUAUAUUUUUCGGGUUGUUAAGGUAGUUGUGUAUUCUCCUCGGUUGGGAGAAUUUGUCCAAAGUCUAAUGACUUCUGGAUUUUGGCGGGUUUUGGUUUUUGAGUUUUUUUCGAGGACCAGUAGUUAGAUUUCGAAUCGUUCAAGUAGUAUUGAUCGGUUUUUGGUCGCGCUUAUUUUAAAUGGGCCUAGGGAAUUUCCCCUAGGCUUAGUUACUUUUUGGUUUUUGGCUGUUUCGCCUUUUGGAGUGGUUUUUACGUGUUUCCUGAUGGUUGACGCAUACUAGUGACCCUAUAAUAAGAGUCUGGCCACGCGGUCCUGCUUGUUGAUUGGUCCGCCAUUUAUGCAUUCUUCGAUAAAGUUCGGAAGUAUUCGUGUGUUCUCGUCUACUCACACAAGUGAGUAGACUGUCACCUCGCUCAGUGUUGAGGUUACAGAUGUUAAGUGAAGUCUUUCAGUGUUUGUUUUUAACCGUAUUAAGUAAAACGUAUUAUAUCAGUAAUAAAUAUGAUUGGAUGCUCAGCACCAUUUUACAACAACUACUGCCAAAGGAUAUAUUGUAAAGAUGUUUCCGAAAAAUCCUGAACGUCGGGCACAAUGGGUUGCAAACAUGAAUAUCGAAAACUGAAUACCAAACAACCAUAUUUAUGCGAGGUGCAUUUUUCUCCAGAAAUGUGGGAGCAAAGGCGUGAAAAAACACCGAAGUUGAAACUGAAUGCAGUGCCAACAAUUUUUGGAUAUUUGCUAAAAGAAAAAACAUUUAAACGAACUGAAGACAAGGCGCCUUUAACACAUUCAGUACAAAAUGAAACGAUUUGCGAUAAAGGACAAAGCAUUACAGACCAGUGUUCAGUUGAUUCUACGAUUCGCGAUGAAGGACAAAGCACUACAGAUCAAUGUUCAGGUGAAUCUACGAUUCGCGAUGAAGGACGAAGUACUAGAGACAAAGAGCAACUGUGACUUUUCACAAAAAACACAAAAUUAUGUACUUUGUACUGUAAUAUUAAUAAUAAAUUCGAAUAUCUAUCUUGAAAACUCUUUCUCUUUUAACAUGGAAUUAUUUAUCUUUUAUUAUUUGACGAAGGUUCCAUACUACAAUUAUAAUCUUAGAAAACAUCGACGAAAACUACAUAUUAUACAAUUAGAUCACAUCAAUUAUCUGGAAUUGUUUUAUAAUAAUUAUUUUAAGAAAAGAUUUGUAAUAUCAAAAUACAGCUUUAUUCAUGAAUUAUGUAAGGAAAAGAGGUUAAGGACAAUUGUGCGCAUGCGUCAAUCGAGUGAGACGGUGAGCUUAUAUUGCUCUCUCUCUCUCGUGUGCUUUUAUGCAUAAAUGGCGACUCUCACCGCGUG